AUGGGACGGUGGGAAGGAUUCACUCAUGUUGCACUUCAUCUUUGGAAUCAGAAACAGAAUCUAUCUCAGCACACUCAUGGUGAUUCUUUGUUUUGGAAGUUGAAAGUUAUGUCUGUGAACCUAUUGCAUGUUGCAAUUAAGCUACUUGGUGACGUCGAUCCUACAUUUCGGAAAGCUUGCUUGGUAGGUGCGGUUUCAUCAUCCGUUACAGGAGGUUGGCUGGAUAGGAACCAGAGAAUGAUUUUCGGACAUUUGAUCAAUAGAAUUAAUUUCAAGUCAAGGUUCUCAGAUGUGCUUAGGCAUGUAGAAGCGGCUGUUCAGAGACAUGAAGAUCUGUUCCAACAAUUUAGGUGGCUUCAGCAUCUCAAUGAAGGAGAAAUGGUUGAAGGACACGACUCGAGUAUUCCUUUUGCUGGUAUUGAAAACUAUUAUCAUCUAGGUAGUCAGCAUAAGGACAAGGCAGAAGCAGCUUUCAUGGAGGUUAAAUCUAAGUUCUGUAGUGAGGUAGUUUUUGAGGAUGUAGAACAUGGGUAUAAGAUGCUACUUGAGAAGUAUAAGAAGGUGAGAAGGCAAUACACCAGUGGGAUGCUUUCACUGCACUGUAAUUGA